GGUGGAGGCUGGUUCUGCGCCGGAUCCGGGAGCUGGGCGGACGCCAUUGUGCUUCGUGGUCUACUGUUCUGACUCAGUUAGAGGCCUAAAAUUCCGAGGAGGAAAGCGGCGGUGUGAUCGCUGGGAGCGGGACAAACCCUGUUCAGUGCCAGGAAACCUUAAGAAUGGAGUCUAAACCUUCAAGGAUUCCAAGAAGAAUUUCUGUUCAACCUGCUAGCUCUUUAAGUGCUAGGUUGAUGUCUGGAAGCAGAGGAAGUGGUUUAAAUGAUACCUAUCACUCAAGGGACUCUUCCUUUAGACUGGAUUCUGAAUAUCAGUCUGCAUCAGCAGCCGCAUCACCAUUUCAACCUACCUGGUAUAGUGAGUCUGAGAUAACUCAGGGAGCACGCUCAAGAUCACAAAACCAGCAACGGGAUCAUGAUUCAAAAAGACCUAAACUUUCUUGUACAAACUGUACAUCUACCUCAACUGGAAGAAGUAUUGGACAUGGUUUAAAUGCAGUAUCAGAUUCUACUUGGAGGCAUAGUCAAGUUCCCAGAUCUUCAUCAGUGGUACUUGGAUCAUUUGGAACUGACUUGAUGAGAGAGAGGAGAACAGAUUCCUCCAUUAAUAGUCUUGCAGAUUAUAGUCACCGAAGUGAUGAUUUCACAACUUCAUCAUAUGUUCAAGACAGAGUUCCUUCUUCAUAUUCACAAGGAGCAAGACCAAAAGAGAACUCAUUAAGCACUUUACAAUUGAGUACAUCAUCUACUAACCACCAAAUGCCUUCUGAACAUCAAACCAUACCGUGUUCUAGGGACUCUGGUAGAAAUUCUUUAAGAUCAAAUUUUUCUCCAAGAGAACUAGAAUCUCCCCAAAGCAGUACGCAGCCUGGAUUUUCUUAUACUUCAAAUAGAGGUGAAACCUCAACUAUAGGCAGUUCAGAUAGGAUUAACUCAUCUCACAGAUCAUUUCAAGAAUCUGACAACGAAGGUAGACGCACAACAAGGAGAUUGCUGUCACGUAUAGCUUCUAGUAUGUCAUCUACGUUUUUUUCACGAAGGUCUAAUCAAGAUUCCUUGAAUACAAGGUCGUUGAGUUCUGAAAAUUCUUAUGUUUCUCCAAGAAUCUUGACAGGUUCUCAGUCUCGUGGUAAUGCAGCAUCAGCUUCUGAUAGUCCUGAUAAUAGGGCAUCCGAAGCUUCUCAGGGAUUUCGAUUUCUUCGGCGAAGAUGGGGUUUGUCAUCUCUUAGCCAAAAUCAUAACUCUGAGCCAGAGUCCCAGAAUUUUAACCAAGAAUCUGAAGGUAGAAAUACAGGACCAUGGUUAUCUUCCUCACUUAGAAAUAGAUGCACACCUUUGUUCUCUAGAAGGAGGCGAGAGGGACGAGAUGAAUCUUCAAGGAUGUCUACCUCUGAUAUACCAUCUAGAUCUCAUCAUCUUUUUAGAAGAGAAUCAAAUGAAGUGGUUCACCUUGAAGCACAGAGUGAUCCCCUUGGGGCUAGUGCCAACAGACCACAAGCAUCUGCAGCACCCAGCAGUGUUGGCACAGGUGACUCCCCAUCAGAUUCAACUCGUAGCGGACGAAGUACAGGAAUAACAGGGAUCCUUCCUGGUUCCUUAUUCCGAUUUGCAGUGCCCCCAGCACUUGGAAAUAAUUUGACUGACAAUGUUAUGAUCACUGUAGAUAUUAUUCCUUCAGGGUGGAGUUCAUCUGAUGGAAAAAAUGAUAAAACUAAAAAUGUACCUUCAAGAGACCCGGAAAGACUACAGAAAAUAAAAGAGAGCCUCCUUUUAGAGGACUCUGAAGAAGAAGAAGGUGAUUUAUGUAGAAUUUGUCAGAUGGCAGCUGCAUCAUCCUCUAACUUGCUGAUAGAGCCGUGCAAGUGCACAGGAAGUUUACAGUAUGUCCACCAAGAGUGUAUGAAGAAGUGGUUACAGGCCAAAAUUAACUCUGGUUCUUCACUAGAGGCUGUAACCACCUGUGAACUCUGUAAAGAGAAGUUGCAGCUUAACCUGGAGGAUUUUGAUAUUCAUGAACUACAUAGAGCUCGUGCAAAUGAACAAGCUGAGUAUGAGUUUAUCAGCUCUGGUCUCUACCUAGUUGUGUUAUUGCACUUGUGCGAACAAAGCUUUUCUGAUAUGAUGGGAAAUACGAAUGAACCAAGCACACGUGUCCGAUUUAUUAACCUUGCAAGAACUCUUCAGGCACAUAUGGAAGAUCUCGAAAGCAUCUGCACAGCUAACCCUCUUCUCAAAGUCCUACAAUCUCCAGGGUGCUUCAUACCAGCUUCAGAAGAUGAUUCAGAAGAAGAUGGAGACCAUAACAGAACAUUUGAUAUUGCCUAACUUCAUAUAAGACAAAUGGAUGAUCUGUGAACAAGUGUUAUUAAAACUGGCAAUUAAGUAUGAGUUAAUUUUGUGGGGAAAUGUCUGUUGAAUAUAUUAUCUCUAUAGAAUGAAUAUAUAUAUAUUCAUAUAUACACAUUAUGCAUGUAUAUAUAUGUUCAUUCUCAAGUGUUACUGAGUUAAAAUUCUGCUGGACCUUUAACAUGGCCAGUGAAUCUAAUGUUUAUAAACUGGUAAUUAAAAGUAAAAGUAUUUUUCUUUUAAUGAGUGGGGAAAGUGUUACCCUUGUUUUAAAUAAGCAAUGUUGACAACCCUUUUCUGUGUUCUGAUUAGUGUAGUUAUAUUUAUGAAGAAAGGUUGGUGUUUUGGUCUCUUGUUAGUGGUAAAAGUGGGACAAAAUAGGCUUUCAAAAUAAAUUGCCAGAUGGCACCUAAUUAUUUUUAUUUUUAAAUGCCUUAAGUUGCAGUCUCAGUUUUAUAAUCAUUUGCUUCCAGUGUUUAAAAAAAAUGGGGAGAAAGUUAAGAGCAUUAUAUUAGGUUUCCAAAUUUAAUUUGAAUUCUAAAUUCACUUAGCAGUAAAAUUAAUUUUCUAAAAAAGUAUAUUAAAAUAAAGUGUACAAAUGAUGGAUAAAUUUUUGUAUUGAUUUGGAAAAUGCAGAUUAUAUUUGAUAGACCAUAGUAUGUAGUAUGUAGAUAUUCCUCUUAGGAAUAUUGCAGCUGUAAAUUAUAUCAGAAUUGCUAGCCAAAUGCUGUUUGGUUUUAAAAAAAUUAUUGCAAUCUCAAGUUAAUGAGAUACUUUUAAGGCCCACAUUGAGAGUUUAAAACACUGGUUUUCAAUGUGUUUUUUAGUGUUGUCACUUCUUUAUAGAUAAAUAUGAUAUAAAUAACCUGUUUGGAUCCUGGCUGUUUUUAACUGUUCCUUGGUAAUUCUAAACAUUUAUUUGAUGACUUAAUAUUUUUCACUACCUUUAGAGAAGAGAUGAACAUUUACCUAUUCACCAUGACUAGAUGUACACUGUGGUCCUGAGUUGUGUAUACAUCCAUAACACUGUAUAUUUUCUUCAUCAGCACCCUUAAGAUACACUUUUAAAUGCCUUCAGGUGGUUUCAGGUUAAAUAAAGUCUGUCAGACUACUUUUUCAGAAUCUAAAUAGAAACUAUGUAAUUUCCCAAAUGUGAAUCAGCAGUUUGCUUAUUUUCAGUCAGACUGUUGGUCUUAAUGUAAAACUUUGGCUUGAAAUAAAGUGCAUACUGAUUUA